AGAAGAGAGCCAAAAACAAAAACAAAAACACGCUAAUAUAUAGUAUAAUAUGGGUUAUAUUACUCAUACACGCCUUUGCCUUUCUAUCUUCGGAUCUCUCUCUCUCUCUCACUCACUCUCUCAAACCCCAAACCCCGAUUCUAUAAUUCUCACCCUAAAAACCUAAACACGACGUCGUUUUCACAUUCUCUCUGCGAACUCCGCCAUUCCCUCUCUCUCUUUUGAAUCAGAUUCGCAGCUUUGACUCUGUGUGUGUGUGUGUGUGUGUGAGUACACUUUUUCCAUUCACAUUUUGUAUAUUUGUUUCCACUUUUCUCAACAAAGAAGAAGUAAUUGUUUGUAAUGUAGCUGUGAAAAAUUAUGGGGGAAAUCUCCAGUUAAACAGUGUUAGUUGCACCAUCUUUAUGGGGAAAUAUUCUUGGCGUGCCCCAAUUUUUCGUUUGAAAAGCUUGUAGUGUUUGAGGCUUGGCAUUUGGCAAGCAAGGAGUUAUUUUUAUUGAAGGGUUUUUGUAGGAAUCGUAGUCCGGACACAAUGCUCAACAGGGAGCAUCUCUUGACCUAUAUUUACCUUCUAGUCUACAUAUUGCUUUCAUCUGGGGUUAUUUUGUACAACAAAUGGGUUCUCUCGACAAAGUACUUCAAUUUUCCAUAUCCUAUAACCCUCACUAUGAUUCAUAUGGGAUUUUCUGGUGUGGUUGCAUUCUUUCUCAUCCGUGUUUUCAAGGUUGUUUCUCCUAUUAAAAUGACAUUCCAAAUAUAUGCUACAUGUGUCAUUCCUAUAAGCGCCUUCUUUGCGUCUAGUUUAUGGUUUGGCAAUACUGCUUAUCUGUACAUUUCUGUGGCCUUCAUCCAGAUGCUUAAAUCCCUGAUGCCAGUGGCGACAUUCCUCACAGCGGUUGUUUGUGGCACUGACAAAUUAAGGUGUGAUGUGUUCUUGAACAUGGUGCUCGUCAGUGUUGGAGUUGUCAUUUCCUCAUAUGGGGAAAUUCACUUUAAUGUUCUGGGUACGGGUUAUCAGGUCAUGGGAAUGUUUGGUGAAGCUCUCAGGCUGGUCUUAACGCAAGUUCUUCUUCAGAAGAAGGGCUUAACUUUAAAUCCUAUCACCAGCUUAUAUUACAUAGCUCCAUGCAGCUUUGUCUUCUUGUUUAUUCCUUGGUAUUUUCUAGAGAAGCCUGUAAUGGAAGUUUCCCAGAUUCAGUUCAAUUUCUGGAUAUUCUUCUCAAAUGCACUUUGUGCUCUAGCUUUGAACUUCUCAAUUUUCUUAGUAAUUGGUAGAACUGGAGCUGUAACUAUCCGUGUUGCUGGAGUUUUGAAAGACUGGAUUCUCAUUGCCCUUUCAACUGUUCUAUUUCCUGAGUCUGUGAUCACUGGGCUCAACAUAAUUGGUUAUGCAAUAGCUCUCUGUGGUGUUGUCAUGUAUAACUACUUGAAGGUCAGGGAUGCUCGUGCAUCUCAACUUCUUAUCGAAAAUCUCCCAGAAAGAGUGGAGUUGAAGACGUUGAAGGCAUCUGAUCUGUAUGACCCCAAUGACAAUGUACACAACAUUAGUGGUGGAAGGAAUGUAUGAAUAAUUUUGUUCCUGAUUCAAAUGUGGAUGAAGUAGCUGGUUUAAUUUCUUCCUCGAGUAUGUCUCAUCUCUCAUCUUGUGAGAAGCCAGCUUUGUAGUAAUACAGCUUAGAAUCUGAGAAUGAAUUGCAAAAGUAGCCAGUCAAGGUAUAAAUCCUUCUUUUCUUAUUGUGGAAAUAUAUAUAUUUCUUUCCACGGGGCAUCUUUAUAUAUAUGAAUAUGACUAUAAAUUGAUUCACCGUUAA